GCUCAAGUUCCAUAAGUCUUUCAGUUCGAGAUAGUUCGAGUCUCGAGUUCCAUAUGACUCCAUAUCGCAUGGAAAAGGGCAGGAGAUGACUUCGAGCACUGCGAGCACUUCGAGUUCGAAGUACAAACUCUAUUGGUACGAUGUGUCCUUUGGCCAAUAUGUCUUCGAAGCCUCCGAUACAUCCGAGGCAUCCGAGGCAUCGGGCGGCCUCGCCCGCGUGAGCUCCGUCCAGGACCUGCUGGAACAUUUGGAGCUGCUGUCGGGCGACAAAGAGAUGCCGACGAAGCUGACUGUGGGGGGCCUGGCGCUCUUAGGUGGCAACCUGAUCGCCCAAAGCCAAUUCAAGGAGCUGCUUCUUUUUGUGCUGCUGUAUUUGGUCCUGGGUGUCUUCGGGACGGCCGGGAGCUGGACGGCGUCCGUGGCAAGGUCGGCCACUGUGGCACUGGUCGCUUACUUGGUGAAAGCUGUUUAUGAUGGAGUCUCCAUGGAAUGGGCGGUGACGGUCAGCGUGGUGAUGUUCCUUGCAGUGAUGGCCGUGAUGCUUGUACGGAUGGCCUCCAGAGAAGAUCCUCGGAGCUAUGUGUUGCUGGAGGAUGAGGGUGAUGUGGCGGACAUCGAUGCGACCUUUGGUCUUCGGAAUUUGUGCUUUAUGGACGUGAAGGUGUUGUGCUUUGACGUGGACGACAGGGUGCAAUUCAUCCCCCUGGGUGGUUUGCUGCCCAAGGACGCGGUGCUGCCCCGCAACGCCUGGAAGAGCUUUGCCGAGCGCGAGCGGUUGGUGAAGAUUUUCUCGCCCUUCGAGACGGAGCUGGGCACCUGGCGCCUCAGCGGCCGAUUCUCGCUCCGGGCCACCGCGCCCCCCGUGCACCUCAGCCCACACCCCAGGCCCGUGUUCAAGAACUGCAGCGAGUCGUUGGUCAUGCUCUGCAUCUGCGAGAGGUCUCAUUGGACGAGUUCGCUGUGGCUGCCAUUCUCGCAGUUCAUCGCGCGAGUCACAUGGCCCGGCCAAAAAGUGGCGCCCAAUGCGGAAGUUCCAUUGCCUCAGCGACCGUGUGUGGUGCGCGUGUACACGGGCCUGGUAUUCGGAUGGGGUGGCUUCUUUGAAAAAGCUUGCUGCAUGCUAGAGCCGGGGGAGCAAGUGGAGUACGACGGCGGGAUCACCUGGUCGAGGCCCAAAACCUUCGGAUCCUUCGGAUCCUUCGGCUUCUCCUCAUCCUUCAAACGAGAAAAAAGGAAAAAAGAUGAAAGGAACAAAUUAGAGGAAAGAAGGUGUCAAUGCGUCAGCCCGUGA